UGCGCAGUUGGUGGGAGUCGCAGUUGAAAACGGCCAGCUAUGCCGCGCGCUUGCAGAGAACGAGCUGGACGCGUCCACUUAGAGCAACGGCUGCUGCACCGGAGGACCGACCCGGGGACCGCUGCACCGGGAGGCUGCUGACAGGCGACCGCUUCCCCGGGGAUAACCUCCUCCCUGAAAACCGCGGUCGAGGAAGAGGAGGAGGAGAGCGCCCUGUACACAAAUCCGCUUCUUCUCCGGUUUCUCUCUCUCUCUCUCCAUCUCAGACAUCUCCUUUUUAAUUUCAGCCCCGCUAGGAGGAGAAAAGCACGGAGACACCCGCGAUGUUGCUGCUAAACGUGUAGGAUUUGUUCCCGCGUGUGUGUGUGCAUCGACUGUGAAUAAGGCUGAGCACGGAUAGUGAGCUACAACAACAACAACGGGCUUCACUAUGGUUUUAUUGGCUCUCCGCAGCAGGAGAUGUCUUAAUAGUCGCUGUAUGGGGACGUUAUGCUUGCAGUUGUUGCUGUGGAUUUUAUGUGCCGUGAACGGAGAGGAGCAGCCGUUCAGUGUGGAGGCGUGGCUCCAGAGGUAUGGCUACCUACCUCCAGCAGACCCCAGAAUGUCAGUGCUGCGUUCUGCCAGAGUCAUGCAUUCUGCUAUCGCUGCCAUGCAGCGCCGCUAUGGCCUAAAUGUCACAGGGAGUCUGGACAGCAACACUAUAGAGGAUAACACCAUAAGGUGGAUGAAGAGGCCCAGGUGUGGGGUUCCUGACGAGCUUGGCGGUGCGUCCAGAUUGAGUGUCAGGAAAAGACGAUAUGCCCUCACAGGCCAGAAGUGGCAACAUAAACAUAUCACAUACAGCAUAAAGAACGUCACACCCAAAGUGGGCGCAGAAGAGACCCACGAUGCCAUCCGGCGAGCAUUCGACGUGUGGCAGAGCGUGACGCCCCUGCGCUUCGAGGCUGUGCCCUACAGCGAGCUGGAGAGGACCAAGAAAGACGUAGAUAUCACCAUCAUCUUUGCUUCGGGUUUCCAUGGGGACAGCUCUCCUUUUGACGGAGAGGGAGGCUUCCUUGCCCACGCAUACUUCCCGGGGCCAGGAAUAGGAGGUGACACUCACUUUGACUCUGAUGAACCAUGGACGCUGGGCAACCCCAACCAUGAUGGUAACGAUUUGUUCCUGGUAGCCGUCCAUGAGCUUGGCCACGCACUGGGCCUCGAGCACUCCAAUGAUCCCACAGCCAUCAUGGCUCCGUUUUAUCAGUACAUGGACACGGACAACUUCAAACUUCCCAUGGAUGACCUGAUGGGAAUCCAGAAGAUUUACGGACCCCCUGAUAGGAAUCCCCAGCCCACCAAGCCUCUACCCACUGCACCCCCUCCACGCUCCCAUCCUCCCUCGGACCCCCGCAAACCCGACAGGCAGACGCGACCUCCGAGGCUCCCCCCAGGAGACAGGCCAUCCCACCCUAACGCCAUACCAAACAUCUGCGACGGAGGCUUCAACACUGUGGCUAUACUGAGGAGAGAGAUGUUCGUCUUUAAGGAUCACUGGGUUUGGCGGAUGAGAGACAACUCUGUGUUGCCGGGAUUCCCCAUGCUCAUCAGCGUGUUCUGGAAGGGGCUGCCAUCAAAGAUAGAUGCUGUCUACGAGAACAGCGAGGGCAAGUUUGUCUUCUUCAAAGGAAAGCAGUUCUGGGUAUAUAAAGACACAAAGUUGGAGCCUGACUACCCAAGAGACAUCACCCAGUUCAGCCAUGGCAUGCCGUCCCAGAGCAUCGAGACGGCAGUGUGGUGGGAGGAUGUGGCCAAGACCUAUUUCUUUAAAGGAGACAGGUACUGGCGCUACAAUGAGGAGAAGAGAACCAUGGACCCUGGGUAUCCAAAGCCCAUCUCAGUGUGGAAGGGGGUCCCUGCUUCAACACAGGGGGCCUUUGUUGACAAAGCCCAUGGUUUUACCUACUUCUAUAAAGGAAAGGAGUACUGGAAGUUCAACAACCAGUUACUACGAGUAGAGCCAGGAUACCCACGCUCAUUUGUCAAGGACUUCAUGGGUUGCGACCGGAUGCCCAGGGACCCCGGCCGUCCACCAGCCGAUGACGGCAACUCGGAUGUGGUGAUCGAGUUGGACAACGAGGCCAGCACAGUGAAGGCCAUAGCCAUCGUCAUCCCGUGCGUGCUGGCGCUGUGCCUGCUGGUGCUGGUCUACACUGUAGUGCAGUUCAAAAGGAAGGGCACACCGCGCCACAUACUGUACUGCAAACGCUCCAUGCAGGAAUGGGUCUGAGCUGUAAAAAGACUAAAGAGAGCAAGGCGAGAUGAGACGCUACCAGGAGAAAAAAAAAAACAGGACUACCGUCACUUUUAUAAAAGGAGGGCAGCUGACUCUGGAGCGCUUUAUUAAAAACCACAGCCAUGCCUCCUUCUCUCUGGUGGUCUGAUUCUUUUGUGCAGACCUGCAGAAAUAGCCAGACAUUCUGACUGUGAUGCAGGGGAUCCCAGAACGUAACACUGACUUUGUUAGCCCCCAGCCUUUUUAACAACACGGGAGCCGGAGGGAUCUUUGCCAGAACAGACCUUUGGUCCCAGACAAAAAAAAAAAAAAAAGAAAACACAGAAAAAAAGAACAAGACAAAGCAAGAGGGUCAGCAUCACUUUGUAUCUCUGAAACUUGACUUCCUAACCCCAUCCUUUUUUAUUUUUUUGCCCUAUCUGCUUACAGUCAGAGGGAGGGCAUUUAGGGGGACACAUACUCUUCCCACAGGACACUGCAUUGUCAUCUCUCAUAUCAGGUUGUUGGGAAAACAGCAAUUUUCUAUUCCCUUGAUGGACUUCCCAAA